AUGCCAAAGCUGCUGCGAUGUAAUGCCAAGAAGUUGGAGCGGGGUGUAAACGUAUCCGAGCUACCACAGCUAUUCCAGGACGCCUUCGAUUUGGCUAGGGCGUUACAACUACCAUAUGUCUGGAUUGAUGCUCUGUGCAUCAUACAAGAUGAUGAGGCUGACAAGGCAUCCGAAGUCUCCAAGAUGAAUCACAUCUACCAGAAUGCCUUCCUCAACGUUGGCGCUACUGGAGCCGCCGAUGCUGUAAGGUCACCAGCAGACAGCGGCUUGGCGUCUGACAGUGUGAUGAAGGGCAAGGGCGGAAGUGAGACACUCGAAGACAGCAAUAUCGCUUAUAGCACCGAUUUUACAAGCACUUGGCGUUCAAGAGAUAGGGACAGGAAUAGUGCAGAGAGAUAUGACUGGUUUACUCUACAAGACUCGCCUACAAGCCAAGGUCUUGACUCACCGGGCUUCGCUACUGAACAGAAACAACCACAAGCAUUGAGCCCCGGUUUAUUCGUAGACCGAGACCCCCUGCUUUAUACACCAUUGUGUGUGACAAUCAAGCGAAGAGGCAGAAAGUACGACUACAUUGUCUAUGAUGAGUGUCACGCGGAUGACUUCGAGAACAGUGCUCUCUUCAAGCGUGGAUGGGUGUUACAGGAGCGACUCCUUAGUACUCGAUCGCUUUUCUUCGGCCAACAGAUGGUCUGGGAAUGUUCUGAGCUAGUCGCAUGCGAAUCCUUUCCAUUUGGGUUUCCACUGGGUCUUGAGGAACCAAAUGUUCGCUUAGGAAAUACCAUUGUCGAGUGCAAGCAAUUUGCACAAUACAAAGCUUGGCGAGAUAUUGUCAAAUCGUUUACCAAGUGCCAGCUCACGUACGAUUUGGAUUGUUUCCCUGCCUUAUCAGGUCUUGCACGCAAUUUCCAGGCUUCCCUUCAGGACGAGUACUACGCUGGACUAUGGAAGGGCGACUUUAUCCCAGGCUUAUGCUGGUUCCGUGACGACCAAAAGUUUGGUCAAUCGCGAUAUCCUCCGUUCCCCAGCGACUAUCGAGCUUUUGCGCCACCUCUAAUGUAA